AUGCAGUACAAGUCUUUUACGGCCCUUCUUCUUGCCAGCAUGGCAAUGGCCGCCCCGGCCGACACAAAUGACGAUAUUGAAACCGGAGACAAAGACUUGGGUUUCGACAUGCCACCUUCUAUUGCGGUGGUUCUUGCAACCGCCGUCCCCACCUCAUUCUUAGCCGAAGCCACCAACACCGCUGAAUUCCUUUCGCAAGUCGAGCAAGGCAUUGUCUCUAACUCCUGGCCAACAUGGUACAGCGACCUUCCCGACAGCGUGAAGGAGUAUGUCACCACUGCGGUUGAGAACUACUAUCCCUCCUUCGCGUCGUCCAUUGCCGCCGAGAUUACCGGCUCCGACGCCAGCAGCUCCAAACCCAGCACUGCCGAGGCCACCUCCACCGGUGCUUCCAGCUCUGGAGCUUCUAGCUCUAGCGCUUCAUCUUCUGAUGCCUCAUCUUCUGCUGAUUCCAGCUCUACUGUUACGGAUUCAUCUUCCUCCUCUGCUGCUACCGGCUCGGACGCUGCUUCGUCCUCGGCCUCGGCCUCGGUGUCCGGCUCUGCUACAUCUAGCACUGCCGAUGAUGGUGCCGCCCCUACUGGAAUUGCUAUGAGUCUUGCCGGAGCUGCUGGAGUUCUGGGUCUUGCUCUCGCUCUGUAA